AUGUCUGCCCCCCAGAAUCCCGCUGGCGAGCCUGCGGCUCCCAAGAUUGAUACCCCCGCUCAAGCCGAUGAGCAAACGAGAAACCAAGACCCCUCCGUUGCCGCGCCUCCCAAGGUGAAGUCCGAGAAAGAGUUGGAACGCGAGCGCAAGAAGGCCGAGAAAGCGAAGAAGUUCGCCGAAAAGCAGGCGAAGGCUGCUGCGUCCAAGCCCGCCGCUCCCAAGGCUGACAAGAAGGCCGGCAAGAUUGAGAAGGAGAAAACCACCGAUGCCUACGAUCCCAAGGUUAUCGAGCCCGGUCGCCUCGACUGGUGGGAGGAGAAGGGUCUCUUCAAGCCCGAGUUUGGCCCCGACAACAAGGUCAAACCUGAGGGUUACUUCGUCAUCCCCAUCCCUCCUCCCAACGUCACUGGUUCUCUUCACAUGGGCCAUGCCCUCACCAAUGCUCUCCAGGAUACUAUGAUUCGUUGGCAGCGCAUGAAGGGCAAGACCACGCUGUGGCUUCCUGGUAUGGAUCACGCCGGUAUCUCCACCCAGAGUGUGGUCGAGAAGAUGCUCUGGAAGAAGGAGAAGAAGACUCGCCAUGACCUCGGCCGUGAGGUGUUCACGGACAGAGUGUGGGAAUGGAAGCACGAGUACCACGCCAACAUCAAGAAUGCUCUGCGCAGAGUCGGUGGUUCGUUCGACUGGUCCCGUGAGGCUUUCACCAUGGACCCCAACCUCUCCGCGGCCGUCACGGAGACCUUCGUUCGUCUGCACGAGGAGGGCAUCAUCUACCGUGCGAACCGUCUGGUCAACUGGUGUGUGGCUCUGAAUACCUCUCUGUCCAACCUGGAGGUUGAGAACAAGGAAGUUGAGGGUCGUACCCUGCUCGACGUCCCUGGCUACGAGAAGAAGGUCGAGUUCGGUGUCCUGACUCACUUCUGCUAUGAGAUGGACGGCACCAAGGAGAGAAUCGAGAUUGCCACCACUCGUCCGGAAACCAUGAUCGGUGAUACCGGUAUUGCCGUCCACCCCGACGACAAGCGCUAUCAGCAUUUGAUUGGCAAGUUCGCCAAGCACCCCUUCGUGGACCGCCUGCUUCCCAUCGUGGCCGAUCCAGAGGUCGACCCCGAGUUCGGUACUGGUGCUGUCAAGAUUACCCCCGCCCACGACUUCAACGAUUUCAACCGCGGAAAGGCCCACAACCUUGAGUUCAUCUCUGUCAUGAAUGACGACGGUACCUUCAACAAGAAAGGAGGUCCUUUCGCCGGCAUGAAGCGCUUCGAUGCCCGUUACAAGGUUAUCGAGCUCCUGAAGGAGCAGGGAUUGUACGUGAAGUGGGAGCACAACCCCAUGAAGAUCCCGCGCUGCGCCAAGUCGAACGAUGUUAUCGAGCCCGUCCUGAAACCUCAGUGGUGGAUGAAGAUGGAGAGCCUUGCGGAGCCGGCCAUUAAGGCCGUUGAGGAUGGCGACAUUCUCAUCCGCCCCGAAUCCGCCUCGAAGAGCUACUUCCGCUGGAUGCGGAACAUCAACGACUGGUGUCUGUCUCGACAGCUCUGGUGGGGUCACCAGGCUCCUGCUUACUUCGUCAAGAUUGAGGGUGACGAAGGUGACAACAGUGACGGUGAACUGUGGGUGACCGGCCGAACCCAGGAGGAAGCCCAGAAGAAGGCUGAGGCCAAGUUCCCCGGCAAGAAGUUUGUCCUGGAGAGAGAUCCUGAUGUGCUUGACACGUGGUUCUCGUCUGGCCUGUGGCCCUUCUCUACCCUGGGCUGGCCUAACAAGACCCACGACCUGGAGAACUUGUACCCCACGUCUGUCCUGGAGACCGGCUGGGAUAUCCUCUUCUUCUGGGUGGCUAGAAUGAUCAUGCUCGGUAUUAAGAUGACCGGCAAGGUCCCCUUCAAGGAGGUGUACUGCCACUCUUUGAUCCGAGACUCCGACGGUCGCAAGAUGUCCAAGUCGCUGGGUAACGUCAUUGAUCCCAUCGACGUUAUGGAGGGUAUUGAGCUUAAUGACCUCCAUGCUAAGCUGCUCCUUGGUAACUUGGCCGACAAGGAGGUCGCCAAUGCUACCAAGUACCAGAAGAAGGCGUUUCCCAAGGGUAUCCCCGAGUGCGGUGCCGACGCCCUGCGUUUUGCCCUCGUUUCCUACACUACCGGCGGUGGUGAUAUCGCCUUCGACAUCCAGGUCAUCCAUGCCUACCGUCGUUUCUGCAACAAGAUCUACCAGGCUACCAAGUUCGUCCUUGGCAAGCUGGGUGAGGACUUCAAGCCUCAGGCUACUCCUUCCAAGACUGGCCGCGAGUCCCUAUCUGAACGCUGGAUCUUGCACAAAUUCAACGUUGCCGCCAAGGAGAUGAACGACACCCUGGAGCAGCGUGAGUUUUCUGUUGCCGCCAUUGCCAUCUACCAGUACUGGUACAGCCAGCUUUGCGACGUGUUCAUCGAGAACUCCAAGUCUCUGUUGAACCCUGACGCUCCUGCCGAAGUGCAGCAGUCCGCCAAGGAGACCCUCUACACCACUCUUGAGGGUGCGCUGACCAUGAUCCACCCCAUCAUGCCCUUCGUUACGGAACACCUCUGGCAACGUCUGCCUCGCCGUGCCGGUGACAAGAACAUCUCCAUCAUGACGGCGCGGUACCCCGAGUACCAGGCUGAGUUCGACGACACUGUCGCCGAGACCGCCUACGAGCUCAUCCUGAACACCUCCAAGGCCGUCCGGUCGAUUAUCGCCCAGUACGAGCUUAAGGUCAAGGGCGAUGUCGUCAUCCAGACCUACGACGCUACGAGCCACCAGACCAUCUCGGACGAGAUCGCCAGCAUUAAGUCCCUGGGUGGUAAGUUCUUGGGCGAGCUCAGCGUGCAGGGCCCCGAGAACACCGCUCGCCCGGCCGGCUGCGUCGUGACUCCUGUCGGCUCCUCGGCCGCUGUCUACCUCCGUGUCUCCAAGGAGGUGGCUCUUGAGCAGGAAGAGAAGGCCAAGGCCAGCCACCAAAAAUCUCAGGAAGUCGUGCGCCGUCAGCAGCAGCUCGUGAGCUCGCCCGCUUGGCAGGAGAAGGCCAAGCCCGAGGUGCGUGAAUCGGAAGAGAAGAAGCUUCGGGAUGCCGAGAGCGAGUUGGAUCGUUUGGAGGAGCAGAUCCGCGAGUUUGAAAAGCUGCGGCUAGAGUAG